CCUUCAGUCAAAUCAAAACCUUUGGAGAACUUCAACACGUUUCCUUUGGAACACCGGAUCAGGACUUUUUGCGCACCUUUGAAGAAAAAAAAAUUCUUGCGAUGAGGCGAAGAGGUCUGAAAAUUCCAUCACUUUCAUUUUCCAGCCGCUCGCACGCAACCUCCCAGGAAAUAAAAAAAAAAAAAAAAGCACUCUUGACAGGAUCGUCGAGAAUCACAAGUCGACUGUCGCUUGCCGGUUCUGGUUCUCUUCGGCCUCACGACAAAUAAGUUGCAGGCGUUCGGCAGCGACCGCGGAACCGCCAACAUGGAGGAGGUGUUGCUUACGAGCGUGGAAUCAGUGCUGAGCAUGUGCACGGAGGUGUACCGAAUGGUGCGGACGGCAAAGUCCAACAAGGCCUUGUGCCAGCAGGUGGGCGAGCGCGUCCGCAGCCUGGAGAAGGUGGUGCUGAGCAUCAAGCGGCGGCCCGACAACGCCUCGCCCGACGUCAGGGACGCCCUGGUCGACCUCAGCCGAACUCUGACGGACGCCGCCGAGUUCAUGGGCAAAUUAUCCAAAGCCAACAAAGUGCUGCGCGUCAUCAAAUCCGGCAGCAACGAGUCCAAGCUCCAGGAAGUGGGCAAGAAUCUCAGCGAGGGGGUGCAGCUGCUGUCCGUGGCCCUGCAGAUCAGCCACGGCGACACCCUGCGGGACUGCCUCGAGGCCGUCGUCUCCGAGAACAGGGCGACGGAGGACGGCGGCGGGGCGGCCGGGGGCCCCGCCCGCCGGUCCGUCGUCUCCGAGAACAGGGCGACGGAGGACGGCGGCGGGGCGGCCGGGGGCCCCGCCCGCCGGUCCGUCGUCUCCGAGAACAGGGCGACGGAGGACGGCGGCGGGGCGGCCGGGGGCCCCGCCCGGCCGUCCGUCGUCUCCGAGAACAGGGCGACGGAGGACGGCGGCGGGGCGGCCGGGGGCCCCGCCCGGCCGUCCGUCGUCGCCGAGAACAGGGCGACGGAGGACGGCGGCAGGGCGGCCGGGGGCCCCGCCCGGCCGUCCCCCGUUUUCACCUUCCCCGGCGGCGUGGCGCCCCCUCCCCAUCUGAUGGUCCUCCAUCCCGUCUACCAGGCCCCCACCAAGACGGUCACCUCCACCGUCAUCAGCUCCAACCGGGUCCCCUCUCAGGCCGCCCUCAGGCAGGUUCGCGCCUUGCUGCGGCAGCAGCAGCCCACUUUUGCCGCUGGAAGCUUCGUGACCAACACUUACUUCAUGUGA